CCAAAGCUAUUGCCAAUGAAUCGCAGGUUAUUCGUCACAAGAGGGGGGAUACAAAAUGGACCAAAGGCAUUGAAACCUCAACCUCUGAUAAGUACUUUCAAUAGCUCAUUGCACCCAAACUUGAAUGCCCACUGCCAUAAAAAAUAAGAACGACAAUCCCAGUAAAACCCCACGAAAGUAGGGUUUGGAGAAGGUGAUAUGUAUCCAAAACUCACCCCUACUUGGAAGUAUGCCUAUAAACUCUCAAACACAUUAUGUAAUUUAGUAGGGUUUGUGGCAGAGUGAAAUUACCACACUUGUUCUGUUGUGGCGGGAUUCAGCAAGAGGCAGCGCAGUAGAGAGAGAGGAUGAUGAAAUGAGGGAGUAGAUGUGCACUUUUCAUUGCUGAACCAGCACUUUGAGUGAACCAUUAGGCAUUAUCAAACAGUUCAAAGUCUGAUUUUUUUAAAAUAUUAAAACUACACUUUUUCUUUGAAGAUUUGUCAUUGGUGUUGUGUUCAAAUGGUUUGUUUAGUCGAAAAAUCUUCAAAGUAUUAGCUUUGUUUGACUUGUCAUAAUGUAAAACAGGUUACAUAUUUGCAAGAUCAUCAUAUUCACUUGAAUAAGAUGUUACUUCGGGUUCAUACUACUUCAUGUUCGGGUCAAUGUGGGUUCAAGUAGAGAACUAUAUGUUCAUCACCAUUAUCAUUUGGUCUGGGUCGACCCAACGGGGAAUACAUCCCAGGGGCGUGUUUGCAGCCUUGACAGUGUUAGAACAUCUAUUGCCCAGUAAGCCAGGGUUUUUGGGUUUUGAAAAACAAAAGGUGUGUUCUUUAAUAUUAUUUUUUUGCUUUUUAAAAAGUGGACUCUUCAUUUGACUCAUUAGCGAACAGUUCAAAGUCUGAUUUUUUUUAAAAUAUUAAAACUACACUUUUUCUUUGAAGAUUUGCCAUUGGUGUUGUGUUCAAAUGGUUUGUUUAGUUGAAUAUUUGCAAGAUCAUCACAUCAUAUUCACUUGUAUAAGACGUAAGGUAAGGAAUAUUAACACCACAGCCUCCUCUUAUAAUUGGGUCUCGGACUCUGGGUUGGCCCAAAAACUGAUGACUUCAUUUUUUAAAAUUUCAGGUUACUUCGGGUUCAUACUACUUCAUGUUCGGGUCAAUGUGGGUUCAAGUAGAGAACUAUAUGUUCAUCACCAUUAUCAUUCGGUUUGGGUCGACCCAACGGGUUAAAACUUUGAUUUUAAACAAAAUUUAAGUUCAUAUUAACACUUGCAUUUUUCUUUAAGUAAAAUUAAAAUAUCAAAAAAAAAUGUACUAUAUCUAUUAUAUUAUUUUAUUUUAAACUAUGAAAUGAUUUUACCUCUUAAAUUAUGAAAUGAUUUUACCUCUUAUAUAUAUAUAUAUAUAUAUAUAUAUAUAUAUAUAUAUAUAUAUAUAUAAUGCUCUCUCCCUCUAGAUUUCUCCUCGGCUAGGUUUCCGCCGACCGCCACUUGGGCUACAAAAACUUUGUACAAACAUCCAUAAAGGUUUGCUCAGUCCCUAGAUUUGGGUAAAAGGGUGACCGUUACUCACAGGUGUCUACUUCUCAGUCCUACCACAUUACAGGUCUGUAACGAAUCUAAUAAUCGCCAUUUUGUAUUAUUUGAUGUAAUGGCUCUGAAAAUCAGGAAAGGAUUGAAGGGAACAUUGCUUACAGAUUCCAAGAUAUCACUUUCUUCAAUGGGUUUAUGGAACUAAUGGCCGUCCCAAAAAAGUAAAAAGAAGCUUCAUCCGCUAACAACUUCCUUAACAUGACAAUUAAUUUUGAACACGCUAGAAGUACACUUACAUAACCUUUUCAAAUUGCUAAAGCAGGAUACUCGUCACCAGACUUACUCCAAAGCUAUUGCCAAUGAAUCGCAGGUUAUUCGUCACAAGAGUGGGGAUACGAAAUGGACCAAAGGCAUUGAAACCUCAACCUCUGAUAAGUACUUUCAAUAUCUCAUUGCACCCAAACUUGAAUGCCCACUUCCAUAAAAAAGAACGACAAUCCCAGUAAAACCCCACAAAAGUAGGGUUUGGAGAGGGUGAUAUGUAUCCAAAACUCACCCCUACUUGGAAGUAUGCUUAUAAACUCUCAAACACAUUAUGUAAUUUAGUAGGGUUUGUGGCAGAGUGAAAUUACCACACUUGUUCUGUUGUGGCGGGAUUCGGCAAGAGGCAGCGCAGUAGAGGGAGAGGAUGAUGAAAUGAGGGAGUAAAUGUGCACUUUCCAUUGCUGAACCAGCACUUUGAGUGAACCAUUAGGCAUUAGCAAACAGUUCAAAGUCUGAUUUUUUUAAAAAUAUUAAAACUACACUUUUUCUUUGAAGAUUUGUCAAUGGUGUUGUGUUCAAAUGGUUUGUUUAGUUGAAAAAUCUUCAAAGUAUUAGCUUUGUUUGACUUGUCAUAAUGUAGAACAGGUUACAUAUUUGCAAGAUCAUCAUAUUCACUUGAAUAAGACGUAAGAUCUAUAUAAUUUGAAGCUCCAAACAAUUGAAAUACAAUCUAAGACGAAUAUUUAGGCUCGAGCUUCUCGAUGCUGUUAUAUAACCACUACCUUCAUCGCUCACAUCCGCCAUGUGAAACUUUGAACAAAACAAAUCAAUCACCCAAUACCAAAAACAUUAUAUAUACAUAUAAUGUAUUUGUAGACUAAAACAUUUUAUUGUGGAACAGUCUCACUAGGAUCAAUUAGACGUUUUUGAUGAUCUUAGCCAAAAGGUCAAGAAACGUAGUAGAAAAUUUAUUUUUUAGUAGAUGAGUUCCACCACGUUAAAAUUUAAACACAACACAAUAACGAAAGAUAUUACAUAUAUACUUGGCUGGAGAGUCAAUUUGACAAUAUUUACCUUGGUAAGAGAUUUUCCUAUUUAUUAACCUCUUUCAUGUCCUAUUUGAUGAGAGGGUUCAUGCCGAGUCUUCUUUAUUGGCUGGAGCUUGGCGGUACUUUCAAAAAAAUGGAAAUUUCAACGCCUCCACCAAUCAACAAAAUGGAAAUUUUACCUUGUAUUGGUAUUCGAGAUCCUCAUGCAAAACCGGUUCGUUUGGCGUUGGUCCCGCCCGAUUCUGCGCCGGUCGCCGGAGCUCCGCCGGCGACGGCGGUGCCGGCCACUGUCAAAAUUCCAGAAGCUCCAGUUCCUCCUUCUAAGUCCAAUAAGCAUACUCCCAGCCUUGCUCAAGUGGUUUCAGGUUCAAGUCGUAUCAAAGUUCCUACGCCCGUCAUGGAACCGCUUCCCGAUCGUGAUGUUACUAUCCAUCGGGGCAUGCCCGCUGUCCGAUUUCUGAAAUCUGAGGUUAGCACACUAGCUCGCAUUGAUAAAUAUAUUUUGGUUGGCAAAUUCUCUCACGGGCAACCCAAGCUGGAGGUAAUUAAGCACUACUUUUCUACUCAUUAUGUCUUUCGUGGGACUGUGUCUGUUGGAUGGCGGGAUUCAAAGCAUGUUUUUAUUAUGUUCUCCAACUCCCAUGAUUGCACAAAUAUGUUGCUUGAAGGCACCAUUACUUUCAAUGGGUUACAUCCUAUGCAUUUAUUCCGUUGGACACCUGAUUUUGAUCCGGAGUAUGAGACCUCAUUUUCCCCGGUUUGGCUUUCCUUUUAUGGUCUCCCUCUGCACAUGUUCAAUUUUCAUGCAUUUUCCUUGAUCUGUAAGCCCAUUGGAAAAUUGUUGGGUGUUGAUAGCAUCACUUUGGCUAAGGCAAAACCCCAUGUAGCUCGGGUUUGCGUGGAAAUGGAUUUGCUUCAGCCUCGGCCUAAAGAAAUUUUUGUGGGUACCUCGGAAGUUGUGGGAGAAGAAGACUGUGGUUUUAUCCAGCCGGUAGUGUAUGAGAAAGUCCCAUAUUAUUGUGAUUACUGCUGGCGGCAAGGCCACUCCUCGGAGAGAUGCAAGCUGAAGGAUUUUCCGAAGCCUACUCUUACCCCAACUCCUAACCCAAAUACAAAACCCAAUCCUCAAAACCCAAUUCCCCAUCCCAAACCCACCUUGGCCCAGCCGAAAUCUCAAUCAAAGGCCCCUGCGCCUAAGCCCAUUGCACCCAAGCCCAAAUCCUUUAAAACUAAUAUCCCUCCUAAACCCCAUUAUGUGCCCAAAGCCCAACUUUCCCAAAACCCAACCGGCCCACACCCAAAAUCCCAACCCAUUUCCCUCGGGCCAUCCCCAGCCCAAAUUCCCCAACCUAAAACCCCACCCUCGGCCCACAUCCCUUCUCAACCCACACCCAUCCCUUUGGCCCAAUCCCCAGCCCAACCUGCCUCAACCAGCCCACCUCCACAACCCUGACCCAAUACCCGAAAUCCCACAGCCCAUCCCCAUUAACCCUCAACCCAAUUCCCCACCCCCUACCCCGAACCCAAUUUCCAUCGGCCCAUCCCCCACAUCCAAAAACCCAUGCAUCCCACCUUCUAAACCCACUUCUGACGCCCACUUUGGAGGAAUUGGA